AUGGCUGAUGGGGACAAUGAUUCAACUCCAUUACUAAAAAAUCGGGCCCCAGAAAACCCAAUGUAUCUACCCCCGAACAAGACCCUCAAUACGGCACUGAAUGGCUCCGGGCAACAGCGAAAUAACUUUCGGGUUGCUCAAUCACCAAAAAUCGGGUUACAACGAACCAGCAGAACAUCUCAAAAGCUCAAACUUCUUCCAGAAGCCCCAGAGAACUUGGAGGAGGAUACGGGGGUUGCAGGGGUUUACUCACAAGUCACACGCAUCAAAGAUACCCCAGCUAGAAAGGAUGCAGAGUCUCUUGGCAAACUGCACAGGGAUCUACUUCCCAGAGUGACUGCUUACUGUACAUCAGGAACUUAUAAGAUGAAAGAUUUGCUCAGAUGGCUUAAAGAUAGAAAGCGAAUUCACAAUACAAAUCCCAAGCUUUUCGAUGAAUGUCUUUACACCCCCUUCACGUACAAAGAUUGGAGAAGUGAUCACAAUUAUCAGGAAGAACAGCAUCAACUGAUCAGACUCGCUGACGAGGGUGGGGAAAUAGACAUCGGCCGCAACAGCGAUAUCUUUAUCUUUGAGUAUGGUGUGGUCGUCUUAUGGGGAUUCAGUAGGAAAGAGGAACUGGCUUUCUUAGAAGAUCUAGCAAAAUUCGAGAGCGAAAAGUUGUCCUCAGAGGACAUUCAAAUCGAGGAGUUCAACUAUUAUAUCACCAAGUCAUACCAACCGCGAAUUUACAAUGACUUCAUUACCUUGCGAGAUGACUCGAACUAUAUGCUCAAGCUAUCCAUCUCGCAUGCACUUUCUCAAUCGGUGAAAAUAUCUCUUUUCGAGGAAUUGGUGGACAAUACGAUUGAGGACACCCAGGAUAUACCACAGCAGGUGGCACAGACAGGUAAGGUCGAAAUGAACAGGGACGAGAUUAUGAAAUCAAUCGGAGAAUUAUUCAUUCUUAGAAUCAACAUUAAUCUUCAUGGCUCUGUUCUUGAUCUGCCUGAACUUAUGUGGGCGGAACCACACCUAGAGCCAAUUUACCAGGCCACAAGAGGAUAUUUGGAAAUUAAUCAAAGAGUGGAAUUACUUAAUCAAAGGUUAGAAGUCAUUUCGGAUUUACUACAAAUGCUCAAGGAACAAUUGGGCCACUCACGUGAAGAAAACUUGGAGUACAUUGUCGUUGUCCUAGUUUGUGUGGAGGUUUUGGUGAGCAUCGUUAACAUUAUAGUUGAUAUACUCAACUACAAGGCGUGA